AGAGAAGCAGAGAGAAAGAACGAGAACUGUGCUGUGGAAAAGCAGGUGUGAUUCAUGAAUAAACUAUAGUUUGCAACCCUAUGGGAUACUGAUGAAACAAACAGAAUUUUCAGAGACAUGGAUAAUACAAGAACGCAAGACACUUUUUCACAGUUAAGCCAGGAAAAAAUCCUCAAAAUUAUGAACAUGGUGAAAAAUAAAGAAGUGAGCAUUGAAGGAGCUUUGCAUUUGGCACAGAAAGAGGUAUAUGCUGAAAAGGAUUCACAGGAUUUGCUAACUGGCUCACAAUUUAACUUCAGUAUCUACAAAUACAAACACUAUAGGUGGCAGAAACGAAUUUUGCAGAUUGAUUUCAACACAAAGACCAUUUUUAACAUUGAAAAAGGAAUUAUUAAGAAACAGUUCCCUUUCUCACAAGUCAAAGCCUGUGAAGAUACUGAAAGGAGGCGCUUCAGCAUUGUGUUUCACGGGCGACAAGAUUAUGAGCUGGAAGCAGUGUCUCUUGAUGAUAAAAGGAAGAUAGCAUACCUUCUGAGCAGAGUUAUACAGAGCAAUUCAUACAAGAGGCCAGCAGAGUCCUGCUCUGGGAGACCUGCAGAAUGUGAUGUGAUACACGAAGGACUGCUGGAUUUGCAGCAAAACACUCUGACGUCCACUGAAUGGGUGAAGUACUUGGUACAACUACGUGAAGGAGAAUUGACUUUAUAUUGCAUAGGUCUGGGAGGCAAGAACAAGACUCCAGACCCUGUAACAAAUACAAUUAAUUUGUCAGGUGGUAAUGUGAAUGUCAGCAAGGAGAAUGGAUGCAGCACCUUUUCAGUUCAGACCAAAGAACACAAUUAUUUGUUUCGAAUACCCUUUACUGUCCAAAAUAACAGGACAGGGGAUGUUAGCAAGCUCCAGAAUGAAUGGGUGUCUCUCAUAGAAAGGUACUGUCAGCUGUGCAAGGGUGCCCCACUGCCUCAGGAGGGAUCUCAAGGAUGCACCUCCUCCGAAGCUGAUUAUGAGGAUUUUACUGUACCUCUGAAUGAACAGAAAGAGGACACCCUCCACUCUGGUGUGAGUUCUGCAACAACCAGUCUGAACAAGUCUUCAAGCCCGCAGACAAAGCCAGCAGAGGGGGAAGCAGCCCCAGCAGCACCAUCUCUUCCCCUUCCCCUAAGCAAGGCAGCGGUACCGCCAGCUCCACCUCCAUUCCAACAGCCCUGCAGCCUCUCUCCAUCGACAAAGAGAACCAAAGCCUUUCACUGGGAUGUUGUUCCUUGUGAUAAGAUUCAAAAAUCUGUCUGGGGAUCAUGUGACCCAUGCAAGAAAAAAAUAGAUGUAUCCAGACUCUGUGAUCAGUUCCAGAUCCAGGACAUGACAGUAUUUUUGGGCAACGAACCUUCAGUGAAUCAGCAUAUCAUGUUAGAUCGAAAAGUUGCACAUAACUUCAAUAUUUUUCUUAAAAGUUUCCGUAUUAAACCAAGUGAGCUGAAAGAAAAACUAUACAUUAUACAUGAAGAGAGUGGUGGACUUACAGAUGAGCAGAUUACAGCACUAAGAAGAUACAUGCCAACGCCGAAAGAUGCAGAAAGGUACCAGUCAUUCAGGGGGUCUCCUUCAGAGCUGCAUGUGGUUGAUCAGUUUAUGUUAGAGAUGUGCAAAAUCCCCCACUUAGGCCAGAGGUUGGAUCUCCUGCUUACCAUACGUGAGCUCCCUGUGAGCAUGAGAGAUUUGGAGCCUCUAAUAAACCAGAAAAUCCAAGCGAGUAAGCAGCUGCAAUCCAGCCAGAAAUUUGUUGCUGUCUUGGAGUACAUUUUAGCCAUUGGGAACCAUUUAAACGAAAAGGCUGGAAAAGAGAAGGCUAAAGGGUUUCGAUUGUCGUCUUUGACCAAAUUACCUCUGUUGCGGGGUAAGGAGAGGACAUUCACCUUGCUUCAUGCCCUUGUGGAACAGAUCUUCUUACAUGAACCUGAUUUGGCUAAAUUUUCUCAGGAGUUGACAGAAUUUGAAGCUGUUCCUGAUGCUUCCAUGAAGGGCCUCAGUGCUGAAGUUGAUG